AUGUCCAGACGGCACACGGUCGAUAUACAGAAGCUCGCCUUAACCGCACCUUUUUCUUCUCGCCCGCCUCAAACAGCCCCAAAGCAGAAUCGUCGUCCAAUCACUGCAGCGACUGCCGAGCGCGUCAUAUACAGAAUCAUGUGCAGCCUGCACAGCGCACGAGACCUCCAGGCAACUGCGAUGGUAAGCAAAGGCUUUUUACGGACCUUUCAACGGAACGAAUCCAAGUUGGUGAGCCAUUUGGUCUUCAAGAUAUCACGAGCGGCUUGGGAGCUUCGGCGGAGCAUCCUCGCCUUGAAAGGAUCGAACGACUUCCUUUUGAAAGAUUAUCGCCGUGACUGCCGAACCCUCGACGCCUUAAAAGCAUUCAUUGUGGCUCAUUGCAGUUCGAGUUGCAAGCAGAGUACCGUCGUUGGUCUUCUUGGUCAAGAUGAUGCCCGAAAAUCUCAGAUUGACGAUGCAUUGUGGCGUAUAUGGACGUUCUGCACUUUAUUUGGAGACACGGUUGGUCAGUCUGGGCCUGCUCAAACGGAAAUCGAUUGGCUCAACGGCAGCAGAGCGGCCAACAACAAGCAGCUAGGUGCUGGUUUCGCAAUUGGCAAUGGGAAAGGACUUAUGACUCACGAACUUGAAGAUAUGAACGAGAUGUGGCAGUGCUUGCAAAUUCUUGUGUCGGGUUUCCGUGGUCGGGAACAGGAAGCCAAGCGAUAUGGAGUCUUCGACAAUUGGCACUUGCGAGAGACAACCUCGGAGUCGCAGCACCUCACAGAGUGGACCUCGUACCUCCUCGCCCUGGGGCCCCAAACUGUUCUCUCGUUAUCCAGUUGCUCGUUCGAACAGGCAAAGAUGCUCGGCCUGACAAACUGGCCUGUUCCACCCGCAGGUCAAAGUCGGACAUCUUUCUUAACGACGGCAAUUGCCCAAGUCUACCAAGAAAGGGUCCUCGAAGACGCCACUCGGAGGGCUGCACGAAUGUCGAUGCGCCAGAUGCCAGGGCAAUCCUCAGUGCCUCGAGCCCCGACCCAUCGCCCAACCAGAUCUCUCGAUGAGCACCUGACCUUCUUGCCUUCCACGCGGACCACGGCUCAGUCACAAUCGCUCCGAAUUGAUACCUCUAGCCAGAAAAGAAGACCGGUCUCCACAAAUGCUCUUGCAGGUGUGCGAAUGGAGAUACGCCCAGACUGUGAUCCUGCGAAUACUCGGCACGAGACCCAACCAGAUCGUGAUGCUAUUUCUGGGACAAACCUGCCUUCCCACCUACUUCCGACGUCGCCUACAGCAGAUCCGACAGUCUAUUAUUCGCUUUCAAUGACUCCAACAGCAAGCACCAAACUCGGGGCUACAUUAUUCCCCAUGGACUAUGCUAGUCCUACACCUCGUGUUCCUUUUCGUGCCCCUGAGCCGCCAGCAGCCUCAGCCUCCGCUGUUGUUGAUCCAGUAGACAAAGCAAUGGACCUCCUAGUACGUGAACUGGGGUUUGCUGAAACCAGAGCGAGGAAGGCUCUUGCUAUGUGCGAUUCAGGCUCUGGAAUUGAUUUGCAGAAAGCUAUUGAGUUGCUGACGGUUGAUUCGAAAGAUGCUCACCAAGAGAAUCCUUUACCUGUGGAGCUGCCUACGCCUGUGAGUCUUGUCAGUGCUAGCAGGGCGAUGAGGCUGCAGCUGCCAAAAACAUACUGUGAUGGCCAUUGCCAGCGAAUGCCGACCAUCUCGCAUUCCCGGAAUAGAUCCACUGGCACUACAGGUACUGCUACUGAUGUGUCCAUUAGUCCAGUCUCGGCCCUUGCUGAAGAGGAAUGGCAAGACACAAUUUCACCGCUUCUCAGCGCGCCGACGUUGACCCCUCGAUCGAAGGCCCCUUUGACCCGGGGCCCAAGCAAGGCUAAAGCAUGGAAAGUGCUGGGAAUGGACAGCAUCCCAAAACGAAAGAACUCGGUGCUUCAUAUUGAGGAAUAUCAAGCCAAAGUGGAAAGGCGAAAGAGCAUGCGCGCCAACACCAAUGGAGGACAGCAAAGUCCGAAGAUCAAAGAGGGACUUGGCAAGAACUUGCUUGGAUUGGGACUUGCUAUCGGUAGCAGUGCUGGAUCUAAAUCGGUGGAAGCCCAACUUGAGCGUGUCCGUGAGGAAGAGCGACGGAAAAAGGAGAAAUAUCAUACCAGCUGCAUGCCCAGGUAUGCUUGA